CAGAAAACAUAACCAAGAUGGCGGACACUCAUGCGAGUCUGGACGCAUCUGAGGAGAUUUGCUAAAGUGGAUGCAGAGUCUGUGAAUGUGAUGUAGAGUCCCUGUUAUUGUGACGACCUGAUUCAAUUCCAGUGGUAAGUUACAUAACACAAUGUAAUGUUAAGGCUAAAUUUCUUGGUUUUAAAAUGAAAGUAUUCUCUCCAAUUGUAGGGUUAAAAAAAAAUCAAUGGAGUGGAAGUGCAAGUUGUGUGCUGUCUCCUCAGACACCCGGGCACAGUUAUUUCGGCACUACCGUUUAAAGCACAGUCAUUACUCACGAGUUAAGCCUUUGCCAUGCCUCUAUGACUCUUGCAUUUGCACAUUUCAGUCAUUUAAUGCACUGAAAAUUCAUUUGUCACGGAUUCACAAAGACACACAGAGAACUCUUGAUAGUGAAGGUUCAAAAACAGGAUCUUCAUUUUUUACCUGUCCCUUGUGUGGCCUCAAAGAACCCUUCUCAGAAUCAAACAUGUUCUGCCAUUUAAGGAGCCACUUGAAGAACCAUGAAAAUGUGACAUGCCCGUUUAAGAACUGUACCUACCACACAAAUGUUUAUUCAUCAUUUAAUGCUCACAAAAGUAGGAAGCAUUCUGGAAGUUUAGACUUUUGUGAUCAUAUUGUAUCAAUAGAAAAUGACAGUUCCCCAGUCACAAGCACUGCAGACCUUAAUGCAGAUGAUCCAGUUCCUUGUUGGAUUGCAGACACUUCAACUUCUGUUCCUGAGGCUGAAAGUGUCAACAUCGGAGAGUUAAGAGCCCAGUUACACCAUAAUUUGUCUUCCCUGUUUCUGAAGAUGCAAACUGUUCUUCAUGUUUCUGACAUGGUAUGUCAGGAAAUAGUUGAUCAUGUAUCUCCUACUGAAGCUGUCUUGAAUGAUUUGGUAAAUGCUGUUAACGACACAAACAUUUUUGUCAGUGCCACAGCUAAAGGUGUGGACUUGUCUUCAAAUAAACGAAGAAAAACAUAUUUUGAAAAAACAUUUCCUGUGGUAAAGCUAGUGCAGUAUGUGUUGGAGCCUGGGCGCACAGUUGUUUAUGUCCCAAUACUUCAGAUGAUCCAGGAAAUAUUCAAACAUACUGACAUCCUUGACCGAAUAAAGGAAACAAAGGCAUCACAGGAAGGUCAUUAUAUGAGCCAUAAAGAUGGCAAGUAUUUCCAGGAGAAUACUUUGUUGUCAUCUUCAGAACUGUCACUGCCAUUGAUUUUAUACAUAGAUGAUCUAGAAAUUGCUAAUCCACUUGGGACUUCAUGUAAGAUCCACAAACUCUGUUCAGUCUAUUGGAUGUUUGCUGAUCUGCCAUCUAAAUAUCAAUCUGCACUGCAUGUGAUUCAGCUUGCUGCCCUAUGUAAGGUACCAGACCUUCACAGCUGUGGCUAUCAAAGAGCACUUUCUCCUUUGUUGCAAGACCUUUGCUGCCUUGAACAUGAUGGGGUUUUUUUAUCGAGUCCCUUGGUCAGUCAGUUCGGGGUACUGUUUCAGUGGUUGUGGCUGACAAUCUAGCAGCCCAUUCCUUAGCAGGCUUUGUGCAGUCUUUCAGAGCUGGAUAUGUUUGUAGGUUCUGCAAAGCUACACGAGAAGAGAUUCAAUCUUCUGCUGUUGGAGAUGGUGAAUUUACCCCAAGGACAAAAGCCAGCCAUGAUCAUGACCUGCAGGAUGUUUUACAAGGGGAUGGUCAGAGUCAGUUUGGUGUCUAAAGAGACUGUGUCUUGAAAGAGAGUUUGCAGUGUUUUCACACAAUCACUGGUUUCUCGCCUGAUGUCCUUCAUGAUCUUUUUGAAGGCAUUGUUCCAGUGGAGUUGGCCCUGUGUAUUCAGGAGAUGAUUAAGCUCAAAUAUUUUACCCUGGAGUAUUUGAACAAGAAAAUUGUGACAUUCCCAUACCAACAUGCAGACAAGACUGACAAGCCACAUCCCAUUCCCAAGAACUUUGCAGGAAAGAAGACCAUUGGUGGCAAUGGUCACGAAAAUCUGAUCUAAUCGCCAUACUGCGAGAGAAAGUAAAGCCAAGACUGGAUUUUGAGUUUACCCUGCAGUAUGAGGAUGCAGAUUUUAAUGGACAACUGAGCUGUCUGAUAUUCAAGAGUUACCAGAGAAGGGAACACUCAAAGUUGUUGGAUCAGAAUCUGAUGCCAGCUGACUUGCAAGUUCUGAUACAGAAAUCCUUCCUCAUGUGCCUGUAAGCGAGCGUCGGAAGACCUGGCCUGACAUUUUUUCUGUGCCUACUUUUUCCUAUGAAGUUGAGCAUGUGCUUGAAGAGGGAAAUAUUGCCCAUGACAGAUCUGGAAAGACACUGAAAUUAUCCAGGGCCCAAAAGCACAACAUCCUACAGAGCAUGGCAUCAGUAAUCCAUGGUUUCAAACCUUACCCAAGUGACAGUGAUGUGGGUAUGGCAGCAGAGGCUCUUGUUAAAGCUCACCCAUGCCUUAAAGAGCCUGGAAGUGAAAAUGGAUUAUAUAGAUGGAAGAUAAGCCUUAAAUUCAAAAUGGGCAAUUACCGUACCAAGCUAGCCAGAUCUGGAUGCCUGGAGGUGUCGGUCAACACAGGCAAAAGAAGUAAGAACAAUCCUGACAAAGACCCUCCCCACUCCAACAUAAAACGAGCAAGACGAGCAGAAGUGAACUUCCUUCCAAACUUUCCAAAGGGACAAAACCAGGCCAGUUUGGAAGAAAUGAGAUUAGACAUUCUACACGAAAUUGAGAAGAGUGAGAUAAACCUGUUGUUGAUAGAUAAUCUAAUGCAGAUGACAUUUUCCCUUCGUCGCCAAGAGAUCGUACAGGAAAACCCAUUGUUGAAAGACUUCCUGGUGAAAUGGCCAGCACUUCAGAUUGAGUCGCAGGUAAAACAAACACUAACAAACUAGUUGUCAGUGAGACUUGAACUAUUGGAAUUUGUUGCUGUUUAUUAGCAUUUGGCAUUUGUUGAAAUUUGUUGAAUGUCUGUGAAUUGGCCACUACUUAAUCUUUCAAAGAUAGCAAAAACUUUUUUGGAGAAUAAUGCUUAACUUCUAUCAAGAUGAUUGCAUUGUAUGUUUCUCUAAGGCUGUUUUGAUGUCGUUUAUACAUUUUGUGUAUUUAUGAUUUUGUAGGUUUGUGCAGAGUUUCAUCGCAUCACAAACACCAAUCUUCGAAACCAGUUCUAUUCUGAAUUGGAGAGGCAUACACCAUGACUAUAUUUGCCUUGUACAGGCAAAAAGCGUCACAUACUGGCAAGGUCUCGGAGGUGCUGCGUGACAUCCUCAGGAUUUAUGAUCGUGAGGAUAUGCAUGAUAUCAACAUAAAGUGCACUGUGGUUCUUCGUGCCCUAGCAGUAUACUUACGUGAAGAUGACCCACAGUUUUUUAAGACAUGGAAUGUGGAGGAUUCGGAUGAGCCAGACAUCACUGGUACCCCUCUUGCCCUUGUGAUGGAAGUCACUGAGAACACUGGUCCUGUCUGUUUCUAUCCGGCAAGGACCGCUGUUGUGGUGGAAGAUGAGUUUGUGCUGAGCGACAUCCCCAAGUUUCCUGAGGCUUUUGUGUUUCUCUUUGGGUUAAUGUAUGCAUUGCAUUUGGAUUACCCAAGAAAAUUGAUUCACACCUUCACAUUCAUCCAGAAAAUGCUGAUGGGGCUUGAUGAUGGUAAACCUCUGAAACCCUGCUUACUCAAUCUCAAAAAUGAACUAUUACUUGCAUUGUAGGCAAAUUCCAUCUUGUCUACAAGUGCUGUUUUUAAGUGCUUGGAUGUUUUCAUUGGGUAGGUUGUGUCCUGGCCACCAAAUCUAUCUUGAUUUUACUCUGGGUUUGUUAGUUUCUGCUAAGUAGUUUUGUAAGCGUAUGUUGUAGAUAAUGUAGUUUUUAUAUUUGGUAUGUUGUCUUCUGCACCAAAUCUACCUCAGUUGCACUUCUACAACAACUUUUUGCUAUCAGAUUGUAUUUUUUUUAUUCUAAGGUGUUUUACAGUGUAUAUUGUUAAACAUGUAGUUUAAACAUUUGGUAGGUUGUUACUUAAACAGAGGAAGUGACAAUAUUAAUCUCAAUUUGUUUUAUAAGCUAAACAUGUAGUUUACAGCAGUUUUACAUUUAGUAGGUUGUCUUCUGCACCAGAUCUACCCCAGUUGCACUCUUACAACAGAAACUUGAUAUUUGUAAUCAGAUUUUGUUUAUUUUAAGGUUGCUUACAAGUGUCUAUUGUUUAACAUGUAGUUUAAACAUUUGGUAAGUUGUUAGACCUACCUCAGUUGCACUUUACACAAUGAAACAUUGUGUAGUUUAAAGCAUUUAAAUGUUUACAUUUACAUUUUUUACAAUCUAUCUCUUGCAUAUUUAAUGCAACAAAUACUUGGUUUUGAAAUCAGGUAUGUAUUUUUUGUGUUUUGACUUAUUCAUUUAUUGUUUUUAUUUCCUAUAAAUUAUAUUUUUUUACAUUUCUUUUUGAAGGAGCUUUAUUUUAUUUAUUUUGAUUUGCCAUGUUGCAAAAUAAUGGCAAUGGAUGUAAAAAAAAUUGUAAUCACUUAAGUUUCCAAUUUAGUUUGUUACAUGUUUACAGAGAUUUAUAUAAACAGUCAUACAAAAUAAAGAAUUUAAUAGUAAAUAAAAACCCUUUAAUUAUA